AUGAGAUUUAAUUACUUUACAAUUCUUGUUUUGAUCAAUGCUUUGGUUCUUCCACCUGAAUGGCCCAAUAUUGUUAAACCAACAUUAUUUUCACUUAAAGAAACAAAACUGAAACUAUUAACAUCCUUACAAUCAUUAAUGCCCCAAAACAUUCCUGAUUAUAAUGUAUCUAUUUCCAGUUUUUCAGCAAUUGAUUCUAUCAAUAAUAAUGGUCCACAACAAAACCAUAUUGAUUUACAAACAGACAAUUCAGAUACCACUUCCUUGAUGUUUAUUCCUCGAGAAUUGAUUAAUCCUACCAUGUUUAAAACCUUAGGUCUUGCUAAUUUAUUCUCCAACUGGCAUGGUUUUGGUGAUAAUAGUAAUGGGAAAACUUCAUCAGAUUUAUUAUCCAAGAGUCGUUGGUUAAAUCUAACUGCUUUUGAUCAAUUAUUAAUACCAGAAUCAUUUAAAACAUUUUUCAUUUUUAAUACAUUAGGUACCACCACAUCUACAUCUAUGCCAACCAUGAAUUCACCAUCUUCGACAUCAACAUUUUUGAGGAAUCCAAUUAUAUUUAAAAAAUAUGAGAAAUCUAAUAAUAUCAAUAAUUUUUUAAGUAAAAGUAUUCCAUUUGAUAUGCCCAAUUUAUUAACAUUAGUUGAUUAUUAUAUGGUUAUUCCACAACAAGUACAGAAAUUCCAUGAUGAUCAUGAAAAUCCAUUACAAGAAGUUAGGAAUUUGACAUCAUCGAUAUAUCAUAAGAGUUUAUUGAAUGUACCUGGUGAAUAUUUACCGAUAUUUAGGUCUCAAUUGAGUGAAAUGAAACCAAUGAUUGUAUUUAUGUUUAAUGAAACCACAUCAUCGUCAACAGCGGCAGCAGCAGCAGCAGCGGGGAAAGUAUCUAGUUUUGCUUUUGAAGACAAGCAUGGAUUAAAUCACAACCAAGAAAUUGGCAACGGUGGUGGUGGUGGUGGUAUUCCAAUUAUAUCUAUUAAGAAUUAUUUGAGUUCUACAAGUAUAUCAUCAUUUUUCGAUAAAUUUGCCAAUAUUUGGUUAAAACAAGUUGAUUAUGAUUCAUUGAUUCAUGCUGUUUAUUGUAAUGUAAAUUCUCAAGAUCAGAAAUCUAGUUAUUGUUUAAAAAUCCAAAAUCAAUUAAUUCAUAUAUUACCUGUAUUCAAAAAGAAACUUGAGUCGUCCAAGGAAGUUAAAAACGAUAAUGAUAAUGGUGUUGGUUAUGAUUACACUUUAGAUAUGAAUUCAAUACAACAAAACCAUUCAACAACAACAAGGUUUUCUAAAAUGGAAGAAACUCCUGAUACUGAUGGCAACAACGAUCAAGAAAUUCAAACUCAGGCAAUUCGACAAUUACAUGAUAAAUUAAGGUCACAAAAAGAUAAAACUAAAGGAGUAACAUUAGGUUUAGCUCAUGAACCUAAAAAAACCAUUGAAAAAAUUGAUGAAAAAUUGGAUGAUAAAGUAGAUUCUAAAUUCACGAAAAUUAUUGAUACUAAAGAUUCACUUAAAAUUAAAUUAGAUGAUAAAAAAACUACGGUAUUAAAACAUGUUAGUUCAAAAUUAGAUGAAAUUGAUGAUAAAACUGAUUUAUUAGCUGAUUCAGUAAAACGUAAAAAACAUCAAUUUACAACGUAUAAAUUAAAACCACGGUUAUUUGAGAAAAAGAAAUCAGCAAUUACAAAAUAUGAACAUAUUGGGGUUGAUGAAACUUAUGAUGACGAUGACGAAGAGAAAGAGCCUUCUUUAGAGGAUUGCGAUGAUAUUGAAGAUGAAAAUAUAAGGAAAUCAUCCAUUUAUGCUGUUGGUAAUGAUAAUGGUGAUGGUGGUGGUAAUACUAAUAAACCAUACAUACAUAAGAGAAAUCAAGUUCUUGAAUCAGAUUAUUCAUCAAUAUCUUUAGCUAAUGGUAUUCCUGAUGAAGGAAUAAUAAUCCCACUUUCAUUAUUAAAAUUUGAACAACAAGACCAAAAACAAGAUGAAAAUUUGCGGACAUUAAACUUCCCACCAAGACAUAAAUCAUUUAGUCAAAUUAUUAAUUUACAAACUGGUCAAAAAUAUCGUAAAAAACGACAAAUUCCCAUAAUGGAUGAUCAUGACACCAAAGACAACAACAAGAAUGACAAAGAUGAACCAUGUCAACCAAUUACAUGGUAUAAUAUAUUUCAUUAUAGUAUAUUUGGAGAACCAAAAUUCUGUAAUGAAGAUAAUUGA